AUGCAGGUCAAGAUCGUAUCUGUUCUCUUCGCCGUUGGCGCAUUGAUUGCCCCUGCCUUUGCUUGCCUCCCUGCUGGUCAUGCCUGCACUAUUGGGGCUGCGAAUGACUGCUGCUUUAGCGCCGACUGCGAGCGUAAGCUUUUCAACACGUUUUGUGGAAAAUCACGGAAGUUAACAAUGGGAAUCAAUACAGCUCAUCCUGGACACGAAAACCCCGGCGCUAUUGGCGCUUGCGGCCACUAG